AUGGCUUCCAUUAAUCUUCUUCUCAUCGUCCUCCUCGUGCUCGUUUCUCUCUCUGUGACUUCCGUUUAUUCUCUUUCCACAAGAGAUGCUGUCUCAAAACAAGACUAUGAAUCAUAUUUGAUGGCUACGACUACGAGUGAUCAAGGAUCCUCGAUGAUUGAUGUUGAAGAUCUAGCAAAAGCUCGAAGUCUUCAAGACCUGGUCGCUGGAUCAAAAGUGGUUGUGAAUAAAAAAUCUAAGAGCAGUUCAACCAAGAAUUCGAAGAAGAAGAAAAAGCGUAAGAGCAAGAAAGUAGGAUCGUCAGCUCUUGUCGGAAUCAUAAUCGUAGCUAUUGUGGUUACCAUUGCGAUCAUCUUUGUUCUAUACUAUCUUUACCUGAGGCACAAAAUAAAAAAGUGUAUUGGACAUGCUACAGAACAAACCAAGACAGAGGAUUAUGUCUAA